UGAAGGGGGCGUCGGAGGCGGGGGGGAAGAUGAGAAGACCGUCACCUUGUGCGUGACCAGCACCCUGGGGUUUGCUUUGACCUUUACUGUACCAGCCAGAGAGGAGGCAGGAGAGGAGGUGGGGGAGGAGGAACCUUUGGCUGGAGAUGCGUGAGUGUGGGCUGAGGUGUGCCGGGCAGAGUGCUGGGGUGGACAGCCAGGUCAGACAGCUGAGGAGGAGGCAGUGGACAACCCCUGGCUCUUUGGCUCCAGGCACCUCUAGGGAGGGAGAGUAGAUGCCUGCGGCUGCCGUUACCCAGGGUGUUUCCCUCAACCUGGGGGCCCUGCCUGGCUCCAGCCUCCCACUGCUGGUCCACCCGUUCCACACGGACUACUGUAGGCUAAGGGAACACAGCAGGGGCAGGGCACUCAUCGUCAUAGGGAAAAAGCUGGUCAGCGAGAAGAGCAUUUUCUCAAACCCUUCCCUCUUCACCCGAGGCAGUCAAGGAGUGGCCAUUGCAAGUCAGCUAAGUGAGUUGUCUUCGUACCAGUCUUCCUGUGGGGGAUUGACCCCUGAGAGACUCCUCACCUGCUGGUCUGAGACUCAGAGCUGUGAUACAGGCCUCUCUACUGAACAGAGCUCUCUCUACUCAUGGAGAUAUGAUGAGUUUGACAGAGUGAACACCCAGCGUGUGCGUCAGCUAUUCAGUGAUGUGGACGAGCUGCUGUAUGAAGGGAGGGUGAACAGCAGCUCCCUGGGACUGCAGGAGGAGUGUCAGGAGUGGAACGGACACUCCCCACACCUCAGAAUUCUGGGUAAUCAGCUGGAGUCGCCCAAUCAGGAAGGGUUUCAGUACGUUCACAGGAGAGUGGAGGCCAGUGGAGGGAGAGGGAGUGCAGUGCUGCCCCCGUGUGUGGACAAGAGGGAGAACUCUGGAGAGUUAUGUGUUGAAGGUCACGGUCUUUCCCCAACUCCCUGCACAUUGCAGGGGGCAACCCCUCUCUCCCACUCUCUCUGUGAUCACUCAUCCCUACUACAAGAAGAGGUCUAUGAGGCAGAGGGAAGGAUGGAGGAAUUUCUUGCCUAUGAUGCCAAAGACACGGAGGAUGAGUGGGUGAGUCAGAGAGGAGUCUCGGGAUCUGUGGGGGCAGCAGGGAGAUCCGGGGUACCCCCUCUGUCUCCCCACACCUGUAUCAGGGAUGCCGUGGCUGACGAGGCCUUUGAUGACAUGUGGAGGGAGGUGGUGAACUCUCUGGGGGAGCUCCUCCACAAACACUGGCAGAGACAAAUCACUGGUGGAGCAGGUCACAGAGGAGUUUUGGAGGCUCUUGGUGGAGUCUUGGGUGAUCCCUCUCCUCACAUCAACAGUAAAUGUCAGCGUGUCCCUCUCUCCAGGGGCUCCAACACACGUAGCAUGCUGCUGUGGUCCAACUGCUGCCCCAGUACACAGGCCUCUCAGGUAUCAAGUACCUUCAAGAUGAAUUUAAAUGGUGUUAUGACAAUCCAAGCUAAGCCUCUUCAACAAAGACAACAUGGAUUUGCAGAGAAGUCUCAUUGUGAUCUGGAGGACAGGCCCAGCAGAGCUCCAGCCCCCACUAUGUCUCCAUCCAGGAGAGCAUGUAGUACGCCCUCCCACAGAGCCCCAGGCCCAGCCCAGCGAGGCAUGCCCCUGCCCAGGCUCCAUAUCUGCUCCAGACCCAGCUCCACCUCCAGAAGUACCAGCUCCAGGGGCAGGGCCAGGAGCUGCCUCAGCCCCAGACACACUGUCCCCAGACACCAGGUCAUCAGAGGAACCAGACUGACCACAGUGACAGAAGGACAGCCGUCCCCAAUCCUCAGUUCAAUACAGAACCAGAGGCUCCUCCCCCUCCUCCAUGCUGACCAAUCAGAGCUGGAAACCUCAGUGUGUACUGCUGCACCCAUGCAGCUCAGGGGGAGGAUUCUGCAAGGAGGACAUACCACUGUACCCAUCUCCAUCCUUCCACUCCUCAGAGAGCCCACUCUGCUGUUGGAGUCCCUGUCUCGUCCCAACACCACACACAUACUCCGGUCAGACACACCCAUGAAGCGAUUGUUCACUCCCAUGGAUUUCACCUGCCACAUGAAGACUGGGAAAGGACCUCACCCAGGUGACUGUGCUCCGAUUGGAGUGACAGGCUUUGGCGUGGGUAUCACCUGCUCCGGCUCCAGUGGCUUCUCCGAGAGCACCAUGGCAACGAUGAGACGCCAGCGCCCGCUAUCCUCCUCUGUGGAAGGAGAGAGUGGGACCGAACCACUGCUUUUAGGUGUUCCUUAUCAACGUAAAGUGUUUGGUCGGUUUCCUGGUCAUGUGAAGAAGAGACUCCAGGUGGUGUUGUCAUAGGAGCACAGUCCAGACAGGAAGACCAGAAUGCAUCAGGAACACCAACAAUUGGAAUUAAUGGGUGUGACUUGAUGAAGUACAGCUACGGUGAGAUUUACCAUAGAACUAAAAGAAGAGUUUGGACGUACGUUUUGAAGCCAUCGCUGUGGUGAUAGCUAGCUAGCCUCCCUGACAGUGGCUAUCUAGAGGUAAGACCGCAAUGUGCAGAUAACGGCUGGACAAUAAGGACAAGCUUUUCAUUUGAAAAUACCACAUUUAGGGUGCAAUGGCAUUUAGCAGGACAAAUCUGCUUGGUUAUAUUUUAUAUAAAGGUAUUUUUGACUAAAAUGAAAACGUGUCACUUUCACUUGGUUGGAGUAAUAACAUGUUCAACUACUUAAGACAUUGUCUCAUAAGUUGUGCCUUUAGAUUUCGAGAACUAAGGAAGAAUUUCUCUUCUCUCAUGGACCCCAAACCCUGGCCUGGUCUGCUUGGUCUUCUAUAAACCCCAAACCCCGGCCUGGUCUGCUUGGUCUAGUUCUCAAGCAUUCCCGGAAGUCUUGCGAUGUUGCGCAUGUGGCGAUAUCCAACUCAGACUCAUCAUCUGGCUUCAAAACGUAAAUCCUAACUCUUGCGGGAGUUCAAUGGUAAAUCUCAUCCGUAGCUGUAUUCUAUGUAGUCAUAACCGGAAUUUAUGGAAACAACAGGAAGAAAGGUCCAAUUGGAUUUUCAUUUGGCUAAACUAUUCUCAAUGCAAUGUUUUUAUUAUUACAUUGAUUGAUGAAACCAUAACAUUUAUACAGAUUAUUAGCUGCUUCUUAACACAAGGUCAUUACUAAAUCUAAAUUCAAUGUGGCUAAAUGCAUUUGGUAAAUGAGCCAUGUUAGGAGGAAAAACAUGAACUAGGUCCUACUUGUAUGUUUUCUACAGAAAUGUCAGUGUCUUGAAAACCCUAGGUUUUUCAAGGAAUGAUCAUUCAUUCAAAUAUUGUUUUGAAAUUGUAACAAUAUAAUUUUGUUAUGCAAUAAAUGGCUAUUUCUGUUA